GGAGGGAAACUAAUCCCUAAAUUUGAUUCAUUGAUUCCUCAUCGCCAAAAGCAACACAGAGCCGCCGCCUCUAUCGCUUUUAACCUCCUCCAGUCUCCGGCGACCCGUCUGCUCCGCCAUCCAUCUGCUGCAUCACCCUCUCUCUUCCGUAUUCCCAUGGUCUGCCAAUCAGAAGAGAUCUUUUGACGACUCUAAGCCUUUCCAGCUGCGGCACACCUGCGGCGACAGCGAUUAAUUGUUACGUGGCGAGAGAACAUAAACCCUAAGGAGAAGGCGACCAGCCCUAUCAACGUUCAUUUUAUCAUCGUCGAGCAAAGAAAUAUCUAGGGAGAGAAGCCUCUGUCAAAACUGCCAGCUCUUUGUUCUUGCUGCUAAUUCAGGUCUCUGAAAUAAUUGAUACUAGCUGGUAUCUUAUCGGGCUCGUGUUGCUUCCUCAUAAACGAUGGCUGGCAGAAUCAUUGCAAAUUUGAUUGUGGUAGGCUCUGGGGUGUUGGUGAGGGCAUUUGCUCAGGCUUAUCGUCAAGCGCUUCAAAAUGCUUCGAAGAACGGUGUUGCACGUGAAGCAGUGGAGAACAUGAAGAAAGUGAGUAAGGCGAUGAGCGAGUCAGAGGCGAGGCAGAUUCUAGGAGUUUCCGAAAAUGCAUCAUGGGAAGAGAUUAUAAAGAAAUACGAUUCAUUGUUUGAGAACAAUGCCAAGAAUGGCAGCUUCUACCUGCAAUCCAAGGUGUUCAGAGCUAAAGAAUGCCUAGAAAGUACAGUCAGGAAGGAUGGUGAAAAAGUUAUGAGCUGAUGAAGUUUUCACUCUUAAUGAUCGUCUCCAACCUGCAGGUGCACAUAUACUUAGAAAGACGCAUUAGCUCAAAAAGUUUUAACUGUGAUAUGGGUAUGGAAUGUUGAGGAUCAUCUAAUCCCAUGACCAUGGCAGUAUGCCAGUAUCUUUUUGUUACAGUUUGAACUGUUAGCCUAACGGUUUGGCUGGCACUCAAAAGAAUAAAGAAAGCCGAUGUGGAGUUCUUUUGUUGUUGUUGUCGUCGUCGUCAUUAGCGAUAUGGGCUUUCCACCCCCUAUUUCAAGUGGUUGGUGUUGGGCCUUCUUGGAUCUCCUUUUGCUACUUGGGCUUGUAAUAUGCCUUCUCUCAGACUGUCUGGUUGGAUUUGGAUCCAUUUCUGCUUCCUUUUUUUCCACUCAUGAUUACACGAGCUCCUUCUUGAUGAAAUCUCUUAG